ACCAAAUGGCUCAAUAGAUUUGGUAGCUAGCGUACGGUACUUGUGGAUAUACAUUAGUUACGAUAUCUCAGAAAUAUGUAUGUAUUUAGCAGAAAAUUACAUUUAUGACUUCGGGUAGUUAAGUUAAAUACCGACCGUGCAACUGCGUCCUCCUUGUCAGGGGUAACGUUAUUCAGUUGCUUUAUCGGAAAGCAGCAGGAGCGUAUUGGUCUGGUUUGGCUAGCAACACAAUUUAGCUAACUUAACAUUGUAUUUGUAUUAACAAACAAGCUCGCUAACUUAGCCGUGUGAAACCAGUCUGAGGUAAACCUCUAGACAGUUGUGACUGCGGAGAUGUCCAAGGCUCCAGAUUCCCCUGCACGGUCCCGCUCCAGAUCAAAGUCCAGAUCCCGGUCUUACACGCGGUCUCGCUCGAGAAGCCGCUCCAGAUCCAGGAAGCACCGCUACAGUUCCAGGUCUCGCUCCCGCUCCAGAUCUCACUCUCCGUCCCACGGCAGGAACUAUCCCACCAGAGACUACCAGAACAACCAGGGUUACCAGGGUUACCAGAGAGGCUACAACCGCGGCUUCCGCAGACCCUUCUACUUCCGCGGUAGAACCCGGGGCUUCUACCCUCGCCGUGGUUACCAGAGAGGAGGGAACAGCUAUGGCUACAGAGCCAACAACUGGCGGGGGGGUGGCUACCGGGACGGGCCACACCGCGACCAGGAUCACCACGGUCCGCAUAGCCCCAGGAGAGGCCGCUCACGCUCCCGCACUCCUAGGAAACGCUCGGGCAGCCGCAGCCACUCUCGGUCUCGAUACUCUGACCGCUCGUCCUCCAGGGGUUCUCGGUGGUCUCGGGGGCGCCACAGCUCGUCUCGCUCCCGCUCCUCGUCCCCGCGGCAACGCCGCAGCAGCCCUAGCUCGGGGAAGCCCGGCUCCAAGGAUGUAAAGGACACGCCUACGCCAGCAGAGGCCAAGGGGGAGAGCGGAGGAGGGGCUGGGGAGCAGGCAGAAGGACAGGGGGGAGAGGCCAGUAGUCAUGAUAAGGAUUCUGCUGGGAAAUGGCAGGGUCUGAGUGACUAUGACACCAGCCCUAAACGCAGCAGUCCUGCUGUUGCUGCCAACCAGGGAAAAUCAGAACCCAAAGGGCCGUUGUGGAGAACCAUCGGCAGCACUGGCAGUGCUCCCUCCACCCACAGCCCACCGGGCUCCACCAAGGCCGUGCCAACCGCCUCCUUCAGUGGGUUUGGCUUCCUUGGCAAGGAGGAUCCCACCAGGGCAGACGAUAAGAGUGCCAUUUCCUCUGCUUUCAAAAAGUUCUUGGCAGAAAACAAGAGCAAAAAGCAGCAGGCGGCGGCAGAGUGGGAGAAUGGCCGGGACAGGGACCAAAGCACCACAGACGGAGACGGCAGAGAGAAAGGCAAGAGCAGGACUAGCAGUGGCCUCUUAAACAUAACAGCAGCUUCCUUCAGCUCCAAGGCCGAUAAGUCCCUGCCCUUCCUGGACAAAGCUGAAGAGGCCUUCCUCAAGUCUCAGGCUGCAGGGAGGGAGAGGGAGAGGGAGGCGGAAGAGGAGGCCAAGCCCAAAGGAGCCACCCUGACGACACGGGACGUGUUUGGGAAGUGGGAAGACGAGCCCCAUUACUACCCCCCAGGGAAGGACGAGGAGGGACUGAGAGACACGGCCGACGACGUGGUGGAAGACCUGGAGCACAUGGAAGAGGAGCUCUACCGCAGCCGCAAGCAGGCCUCCAAGAAAGAAGAGAAGUCCAAGAAGAAGGAGAAGAAAGACAAGGAGAAGAGCAGUACGUCCCCAGCCAUAGUAACCGUGGCCCUUAGGGGUUCAGGUAGCAGGGAGAAGGACAGGCCCCUGGCCCUAUUCCCCGUCUCUAGGGUGGAGUCACCCCUACUCAGGCCCUCUGGAAAGAGGGAUGACUUUGAGCUUAGUAUCAACUCCUUUGACAAGAUGCCCAGCUCCUCUGGAGGUCUGACCAAGGAGCGUGGUAUGUCCAGGGAUCUGGUGCAUCCCGCUAAGAAAGAUCACGGAGAGUUCCGUUCCAUCUUCCAGCAUAUUCAGGCGGCUCAGCUCAGACGCAGCCCCUCGGAGCUGUUUGCGCAGCACAUUGUCACCAUUGUGCACUACAUCAAAGCCCAACAUUUCAGCUCUUCAAGCAUGACUUUAAGUGAGCGAUUUGCCAUGUACCAAAGAAAAGCCGCUGAGAUGGAAUUGAUGAAGCCAAGGAAGAGUCCAGAAAUCCAUAGGAGAAUCGAUGUCUCCCCCAGUGCGUUUAAGAGACACUCUCACCUGCUAGAGGAGCUGGAGGACUGCAGCUACAAGGAUCAGGGUAAAAAACCUAAAGGUGACCCAAUGGACCUGCGUCUGGAUAUAGAGCGCCGUAAAAGGUUUUCUGGGAAGGAGCCUGGGCAGCAUAAACGGGACGGGGGCAAGGGCUCCGGAGGCUCCCGAGGAACCAGCCAAGAGAGGUCCUCAGAGAAAUCUGCCAAACACCACAAGAAAUCCAAAAAAACCAAGAAGAAGCGUGAUCGCUCUCCAUCCUCCUCCUCCUCCUCCUCCUCUCCCUCUCCCUUCAGAGGAGGGUUCAGAGGUAAAGACCACAUGAUGGGGGAGGAGAUGGAGCACAUGGACCAGGGCUACAGUAAACCUCGCUUCGGGCCCCGGGACUACGGAGGCCCCAUGGAUAGGGGUCUCCCCCGGGAUUAUGAGGGCCACAUGGAGAGGGGUCCCCCCCGGGAUUACGAGGGCCACAUGGAUAGGGGCCGAGGACGUGGAGGAGGAUUUCUCCCCAGAGUGAGAGGAGGUGGAAGGGGCUGGAACAGGGGCAAUUACCAAGGAAAUAACAACAGCAACCCCCCUCCUAAUAUGAGCAACGCCCCCCCAGAGCGCCCACCAGACGAGGAGUGGGACCCAGAGUACACUCCUAAGAGCAGGAAAUAUUACUUUCAUGAUGACCGAGAGGGAGAGAAGACGUGGCUGGAGAGCCGCGGCCGAGGGGCCUUCCCCCGCAGCAGGGGACGCUUCAUCUACCGCAAGGGCGGCAGCAGCCCCAACAAGUGGACUCAUGACAAGUUCCAGGGGGAUGGGGAGGAGGGGGGUGAGCAUGGGGAGGAGCACCACACAGAGAUGGACCAUAAAGACAACAUCCAGUCCGGAGACCCCUCAGCUUCCAAGCUGUAGUAGACCCUCCUCUUCCUUCCUCCAGAGCUUUCUGUCCAUCUGUUUGAGGUCAUCUGAUUAUCUGCCGUCAUCUCUGUGUAAGCUUGAAGAGCCUAAACUCUGGCUACCUAGUCAGUCACAGCAUCAGAAUGUACACGGUUGUUUUCCUAUCAUUGACUCAAGCCACUUUCAGUAAGGGUUAUAUGGGAGAAAAUGUUUAAUUGAACUUGAAUUAAGGGGCGAGCUACUUCUUAAUUUUUUUAAAUUACUACCAGUAAUUUGUAUUUGUUUCUGGGUGUUUGAUAUGUAAAGAUGUGCUUUGUUUGUCUUUUUAUCUGUAUUUGCUUGUUUGUUAUGAACAAUAGCAGACUGGUUUCCGAUCGUCUCCUGUGGGAUAUACUACAAAACAGGAUAAAGGAGUUGGUAAGCUAACUUGCCUACAGUAAAUAUUAUGAAAUAAAAAAGUUAUUUCUUUUUGGAGUCAAUUAGACCAUGCCCAGAUUGAAAUAGGUAUGGUCUAAUUGACUCAACAACCAAAAAUGCAUAUGUAAGUUCAGCUUUCUUAAUGAACGAGAAUAUCUGUAGUUAUUUCUGGUUGGCUAACUCAUUGAUCUUGCUUUGUAGUAAACCCCUCUGGGUCCUCUGAAAUGGUUAUGUUAUUGUAGCUACGUUGAUUUAAAGCAAAGUAACUUUCCUCAAGACAUAAAAAUGACAAAUGGAUUUGUGCCUUAAAAUUGAUAUUCAUAGUGAUAUGUAUUGCUCUAUAUACUUUUGUCGUACAGCUUUUCUGCUGUACUAGCUAAAGCAAGCCUUUAGCUAAACAGUUGUAUGGGCAGUGCUAGGUUUUUGAUGGUGUUUUGCAUGACACUUUGGUCCCAUGGGGUGGUAAGGUUAGAGUCCAAUCUCUACUGUGGGAACUGGGCUCAUACUAGAACUGGGCGACGUGGACAAAAAUCCAUAUCACGAUAAAUUGCCUGAAUUGAUGCGAGAACAAUACAUUUCUAACAAUGUGCACCACAGUUAAAUCUUUUUUUUUUUUGUUAUUAUACUUUUAACUACUACUAGUUUGAUGGUUUAGCCAUCAAUUAUCCCAUUAACAAUCACCCAUAUUAGCAAACUUUAUUUAAAGGUUCACAUUUCUCUACUAUAGGCUACUUAUCGUAUUGAACGAUACCAGCAAAAUGCCUGCGAUUUAAUUUUCGGUUUAUCGUCCCAGCUAUUGCUCACAUACCAGUAUGUCCUGCCACGUUGAGAAUUCUCCAUCAUAUGCUACAUAAAGCAUUCUCAUUACCACCAA